AUGCAAAUAGGCAGUUGUAUUUUUACCCUUAUUCCAAUCUCUGAGUUCUUUAAUGACAUCACUGUGUUGGAAUUUAAUGACGUUUGCAUAGAAGAACUGGAGAAAUGGAAAAAUACUCAUGACGACACUUUUGAUUGGUCUCACACAUUCAAGUUUAUUGCAGAACUGGAAGGCAAAGGUGAGGAGUGGAAGACAAGACAAGAAACACUUAAAACGUCAAUUAAACGAAUUCUGAAAUGUGAUUUAACCAAAGAAAACCUAACUGACCCAGUAACUCUUCCAAAAGUGGACUGUAUAUUUCUUGGUUGGUUGCUGGAAUCUAUCUGCAAAGACCGAGAUGAUUUUUUCAGGAGUCUGAAGAAGAUCUCCAUGUGGCUAAAACCAGGUGGUCAUCUGAUAUUAUUAGUUGUGUUAAAUGCUUCAUUUGUCACAAUAGGGGAACACCGCUUCCACCUUCUGAAUCUGGAUGAAGAGUUUAUAAGAAAAGCUCUCAGGGACACAGGAUACGUGAUUGAAACCAUAGAGAUGGUGGAAAGGAAAUCAAAGCAUGAGGCUAUAUCUUAUGACCACCAGGCACUUUUAACUGCCGUAAUGCAAUGA